AGGCUCUAGAUGCGACGUGAGUGUUGAUCGUUUCGGGACGAUCGAGUGGGCCGGAUUAUUCAGAAAUCGUGAUGGUGCAGACGUACCAGUCACCCGUACGGGUGUAUAAAUACCCUUUCGAACUUGUCAUGGCGGCAUACGAGAAGCGAUUUCCCACCUGUAAAAUGAUUCCAGUGUUCCUCGGCUGUGAGAUCAUUUCAGAGCAAAAGUCGGAGGAUGGAGCUGAACAUGUGGUGGAGCGCAGAUGUAAACUUAGUGUGGAUGCUCCCUACAUACUGAAAAAGAUCAUGGGCGUCGAUCAUGUGUACUUCAUUCAGAAGAAUGCCCUAGACAGUCGCAACCGCGUCCUCAAAAUAGAUGCCCACAAUGAGAGUUUCUCCUCGAGGAUUAUAAUCAACGAACACUGUCAAUACUCUGUACACUCCGAGAAUCCUGACUGGACCUGUUUUGAACAGAGUGCAACCUUAGACAUCAAACAUUUCUUCAACUUUGAAAGCAUGGUUGAGAAGAUAGCCAUGAAACAGUAUGCUGCCAAUAUAAAGAAGGGUAAGGAAGUGAUAGAGUACUACAUCAAUGAGAUUCUGAGUUCUGGUGUUCCCUACACACCUCGAUGGCAGCCCCCAGAGACUGCAGCCAUGGAUAUCAAGACAGAUGACACACCGUCCCAGGACAGUGGCUUGAGGAGCCGUUCCAAUAGUGCUCACAGCCAUAGCAGUCAGUCCAGUCUGGUACUGGGGGCUACUGCUGCAACUAUAUGUACUGACAAACUCCCUAUUAACCCAGAGGGUUUGUCUACCCCUGACAAGACUGGGAAGCUGGAGGAUGUGUAUAUUGAGCGUUUCCUUGGCUCCCUGACUCCGGUACAGGAAAGCAGACUAGUACAGCUACGACAGUGGCUACAGGAAACUCACAAAGGAAAGAUACCAAGAGAUGCUCACAUUCUGCGGUUUCUAAGAGCACGUGACUUCAGUCUAGACAAGUCACGUGACAUGCUGGUGCACUCUCUAGCCUGGAGAAAGCUCCACAAUAUUGAUCAUCUACUGGAGACAUACCGACCCGGAGACGUCAUGAACCAAUACUACAGUGGGGGUUGGCACUACAACGACAAAGAUGGACGGCCGCUGUAUGUCCUCAAACUUGGGCAAAUGGAUGUGAAGGGUCUGAUGAAAUCUGUUGGGGAGGAGGUUCUCCUGAAACAUGUUUUGUAUGUGAAUGAAGAGGGGUUGCGUAGAGCAGGAGAUGCCACUCGAUCGCGAGGUUUCCCUGUGAGUGCCUGUACCUGUAUUGUUGACCUGGACGGCCUCAGUAUGCGACACCUAUGGAGACCAGGGAUACGGGCCCUGCUCAGGAUCAUAGAGAUGGUGGAGGCUAACUAUCCAGAUACGAUGGGGCGCCUCCUCAUUGUGCGUGCCCCAAGGGUGUUCCCUGUGCUCUGGACCCUUGUCAGUCCCUUUAUUGAUGAAGACACCAGGCAGAAGUUCAUGAUUUAUGGAGGAAAUGACUAUCAGGGACCUGGAGGGCUCAUUGAUUUCAUAGACAAGAAAUACAUACCUGACUUCCUGGGUGGAGACUGUUUUUGUGAUGUACCAGAAGGAGGGUUGGUGCCUAAGUCCCUCUACAAGGAGGAGUUCACAGAAAAGGCCCCAGAGGGCCCGCCCCUCAGUACAGAUAGUUUGUACCAGACCUGCCAUAUUGUCAAAGACUUUCCAAAUGAGGUGUUGAUAUGCGUCCCACAGAAGGGAUCCGUGAUUACAUGGGACUUUGACAUUUUAAAGGGUGAUGUGACCUUCACCGUGCUAAGGUGUAAACACGAGGUGUCGGGAGACCCCCUACACCAACACCACAUCAGUGGGGCCUUGGGUGGCAUUGGCUCCACACAAUACAUCGACAAAACCAUGCAAGUGGGCAUGGACCUGAGCAUUGUAGAGCCACCUCAUAUAUGUAGAGAUGGGGAUAGUGUUCAGGGAUCUCAUGUGACCAGUCAGGCAGGAAGUUACAUAUUACAGUGGAAGUACUUUGAUGCCGGGAAAGCUGUGUUUGACUUUCCACUGGCCACACACAAAUCCAAGGUCAUGUAUUACACAGAGCUACUGGAGUCUGCAGCCUUUAGAGGGUCAAUGACCAGCUUGCAGUCCAGUCACAGUGCAUUCUCCUCCCUUAGCAUUGGCACGUCACAGAGCAGUCUUUCCGCAGUCACACCCGACGGAAUCCACAGGCUAAAAAGGUGACAGAAGCUUGAAGAUUUUGAUGGAGAGUAAAGUUUUUCGGUAAGGGCUAGCUGAUUACCCUACCUAUAACACAGAGGGGACAAGUACCAGAGCUCUGAAUGUUAAGGAUGUGGCAUGUCUAGGAGUUGGUAGAAAGCUGUCUCAGUGGUUACUUGUGUUGGAUCAGAGAUCAUCAACACUGUUCCUACCUCAUCACACAGCCAGCUGACCAGGAUGUGCAGCAACAUUGGUCAGUGGUCAGACAUUGAACUGCCCAGUACAGGAAUCGGCAUUGGUCAGCUGGUGUUUAUUGUGUGUACCAUAUCUGACCAUCACAUCACAACGCCUCUUACACUGCAUUGUUUGUACAUUGUACAUUGUGAUAGUCAUUGUUAAAAAAACAGUGUUUCUGCUCCAUUCCAUACUUCUGUAAACUACACUCACUUCUCCAGUCCACCCAACUCAUGUAGUUAGGUAAAUAACACUUUUCUAGUCCACUCCACUCCCAUACCUAGUUAGGUAAAUAACACUUUUCUAGUCCACUCCACUCCCAUACCUAGUUAGGUAAAUAACACUAACUUCUCCAGUCCACCCUACUCAUAUACAGUCGAACUUCGUUAUCUCGAAGUCGACGGGGUCGUCGGAAACUUCGAGUUAUCCGAGUAUUCGAGUUAUGCGGGUUCAUAUAUUUGGUAUGAAAUUUGCUGUUUGGACAUGGCAUUAGCAGUCCUUGGUUUGUAUUUAUAGCCAAUGCUUAUAACCAAUUGAUAAAUGAUGUAUGUAAUCAAUUACAAUAUAACAAAUACAGCUAUGUUAUUUUACAAUAAACACGCUUACAAAAAAAAGUAGGGUAUUUCCGGGAAAAAAGUAUUUUCUUUUAGUGCGAUCAGAACGGUUGAACCAUUUUGUGAAUUCGUUACAAAAUAUGGACGAGCCUAGUGAUUAAAUGUUGUUUUUGGCGAGUCUUGGCAAAGUCUUUCUAGAUCUGCAUUUGUAUUUGCAACUCUGUCAAGUUUUAUCUCUGAAGUGUUACAUUUAAAAAUUGAACUAUUCCGCUGUCUCCAACCUCGUACUAUACAAUGCGGAAAUGAAAGUGUGCAAGUCUAAAACAAAUCACUAAUGAAGCGUACGCACAGUUGAUUCUUUAAAUGAAAACACACACAAACAGAUUCUUUCGUAUGUGUAACACAUUGAUUCGUUAAAGCUAAUUAUGACACCUGACACCUCCUCAAAUCGAUGUAAUCAACAGCAAUUAUCAUAUUGUUCUGAAAAUCUCUCAAUCGACUACCAAAGCUAUACUGGCCCCUGUAAAAACACGAACCCGUGAAGCUGUCCUAUGUUGUGAUUUAAACUGUUGAACUCUUUUAUGCAUGACCACGCUUUGUGACCAUUUUUCCGGUUUGGACUGUUUUAAGUUUCGUGGACUAAUCAUUAAACGGACUCCCAGGUAGUACAGAAUACGGUUGAUAAACAUUGAUGAAGUUUGUUUUCUAUUAUGAACAUCAUGGUUUUGACAGUCUGCACACUUUACGUUCUUAAGGUUUAUCAUUAAAUAUUUUUACUGAUUUCACAAAAGAUGUUCAUCAACACGGAAUGGUGACGUGCCUAAGUUUUGUUUUUUAUUUAUAUGAAAUUUGAACACUAUGAAGUAGACGAUGUUAUGAUGUUGGAUUUACGCUGUUGAAACAAAUCUUGCUUCGAGGUAUCCAAGUUUUUUCGUGUGUUUAGGCUUUGAAUUAUCAGAGUUUUAUUUACUAAGAUAAAGAAGGGAUUUGGCCGGGACCGGAGAAAUACUUCGAGAUAAACGGGAUCUUUGAGUUAUUAGAGUUCGAGAUAACGAGGUUCAACUGUACUUAGGUAAAUAACACUUUUCCAGUUCACUCCACUCCAACCUAAUUAGGUAAAUAACACUAACUUUUCCAGUCUGCUCCACUCCAUACCUAGUUAGGUAAAUAACACUUCCCCACUCCAUUCCACUCCAUACUUAGGUAAAUAACACUUCCCCGCUCCAGUCCACUCCAUACCUAGUUAGGUAAAUAACACUUCCCCACUUCAGUCCACUCCAUACUUAGGUAAAUAACACUUCCCCACUCCAGUCCACUCCAUACCUAGUUAGGUAAAUAACACUUCCCCACUCAAGUCCACUCCAUACCUAGUUAGGUAAAUAACACUUCCCCGCUCAAGUCCACUCCAUACCUAGUUAGGUAAAUAACACUUCCCCACUCCAGUCCACUCUAGCCUAUUAGGGUGAACAUCACUUGUCUAGUCCACUCCUCUUCCUAUUAAGGUAAGAAGUAUUCUUGUACACUAUUUCUGUAUGGUAACGUGCAGCAGACUUGAUCAGUUGUUUUUAAGGCUACAUAUGACAAUUGCCAGGUAAUUGGUAUCUGGCAUGUAACACAAGUUGCCUACCACAAACUAGGCUCCCGUUUGUUUUGGGUAGAAAAUGUAGUGAGUUGUCUCCCAUUGCCCAUGUGAUAAAAUGUGUAUCUGUGAUACUGUAUGUCACGCGACUACGAUUUGGUGUAGGUUGUAUAUCAACUCUGUUCCAAAAGAUAUUUUUAUAGCAGUUUUUCCCUUCUUAGUAUGGUAUUUCUCUAAAUUCUUGAUCUGAUUCUGAUACUACAUGCUGAGUAUGGGGAACAAUUAGAGGACUUUAUUAUGAACAUAGUUCAAUUAAUCUAAAAAUCCUUUGUUUCACUUUUUGCUGAUUUAUCUGUUUUACAUAUUUAGGUUUUUGAUCAAAAAUAUACUGUUGAAAAUAAUGAGGGAAAAUGAGUUACAUCAAUGAUACAAAGACAAAAUGGACAUUUGUAAGACUUUGGAGGAGUUAACCAUACUGGGUGCUGGUCUUCACAGGAUCAUACAUAUUAUAUAAUUAGUUAUACAUGUUUUUAGUUAUUACAGAAACAGGAUUUAGAUUUAUUUUUAUGUUUUAUGCAAGUUAUUUUAAUGGUAUUUUGACUGAGAAUGCAAUGCCAUUUACAGUAGAUUUCAGUUUUGAUGCUUUGUGUCCAUACUGUAAUCUAUCUGUUGUGUCGCACACUGAGACAUGUUAUACACUCAAGUGUUUCUGAAAACGAAAAAGGAAAAGACAAAAAUAAUUGGCAACAGUUUAGAUAGUUUGUCUUUUGGAGGAUUUUUGAGAGAAAAAAAUACACCUGUAGCACUGAAGACCAAGAUAUUUAAAAUAAGAUAUAGGAAAGAAAUAAGGACUUUAUAGGUAUAAAUAAGGCAAUCCCAAACCAUGGCAUUACGGUGUCAUGACAUAUCUAAGACUGAGUUACCAGUUGUUCUAGCCAUAUUACUGCUGCUACGUGUAUUAACAACAUUGUCUACUAACUCUCAGAGGAAUCGUUCAUACUUAUAUGUAGUUUGAAUUGAUUUAUAACUUAUCAAAAUGAUUUUUAGGAGGAGAUUUAUCAAGCUUGCUUGUCUACUUGAGUAGGUACCACAAUGUACCAGACCUCAUUUUUAAAAAAACUUCCCAUAGAUAUCAUAUUUUUUUACAUUAUCAUAAAGAUUUGGUUGGGAGAGGGUACAGAGUACCAGGAUGUAUUAAGGGUAUGAUCUGAUAUAAAUUUUACAUCAUCGUGUAUUAAUCAUGUUUUAACAAUCAUGUUGUGUUUGUAAGGAUAUUUGUAUUAAGAAUUUUGAUGCACAUUUUGUAAUUGUGUUUUUGUAUCAUUUUAUUCAUUUGUUAAUGAUUUAGAAAAAUACAUUGUUUGCAAAUUGAUGUUGAAUGUCUAGAAGAAAGAGAAAUUGAAUAUUAUGUUUCUUGUAAAAGAAAUAGAUGUAAAGAUGCUAUAGAUGCUAUAGAUUAGAAGUUGUAAUCUAAUUGACUGCUCGUUAUCAAACCCUCAGUGUGUCGUACGGUUACUGGUUCUAGAAGUAUCUCACUGUCUUUAAGUGAAUACAAAUGUCAUGGUAUACAAAUAUUGAAGGUCAGUAUGCCACAUAAUUGCUCUUCCAUUUUUUGCAAUGUAACUUUAUAUAUUGUUACUUCAUCUAUGAAAUGGCACUUGAUAUUUAACAGGAGUUCACAUGCACUAGAUCUCCGAUAUGUGGAGCCUGAUCGACCACAGACAUGUGAACCACCAUUACUUUCGUGUAUUUUUGCGUUAUAUUUCCACACUUUGUCACACGAGUUAUCUCCCUUCAGACAUGAUAACUCGUUCAAUUAAAGAUUAUUUAGUGCAUUACUACUUGGCAUGUAGUUUCCAAGCCAUCACUACUUAAGCUGAGUUCUUACCAAAGUGGAGGUAGGUAGCUACACCUCCAAACUGAGUUUUAUAGCUAGUAUUAAGGUCUACUUCAGUGGAUAUGAAUAUAGUGUAAAAUCAUAGAUCAAAGAUAACAAAUCUCAACUCCUCAGAAGAGAAGUCAAGUACUUAAAUGAGUCAGGUAGCUACCAGUAUCAAAACCAAGGCGGGUAGAUGGUAGUGAGGCUUGAUUCAGGUAGGUGAUGUCAAAGCUGAGUCAGGUAGGUGAUAUCAAAGCUGAGUCAGGUAGCAGUUACUGAGUCUGGUAAUAUCAAAGCUGACUCAGGUAGCAGGUACUGAGUCUGGUGAUAUCAAAGCUAACUUAGAUUGCUUUCUUCAAAGCUGAGUCAGGUAGCAGGUACUAAGUCUGGUGAUAUUAAAGCUAACUUAGAUAGCUUGCUUCAAAGCUGAGUCGGGUAGCAGGUACUGAGUCUGGUAAUAUCAAAGCUAACUUGGAUAGCUUGCUUCAAAGCUGAGUCAGGUAGCAGAUACUGAGUCUGGUAAUAUCAAAGCUAACUUAGAUUGCUUGCUUCAAAGUUGAGUCAGGUAGCAGGUACUGAGUCUGGUAAUAUCAAAGCUGACUUAGAUUGCUUGCUUCAAAGCUGAGUCAGGUAGCAGGUACUGAGUCUGGUGAUAUCAAAGCUAACUUAGAUAGCUUGCUUCAAAGCUGAGUCGGGUAGCAGGUACUGAGUCUGGUAAUAUCAAAGCUAACUUGGAUUGCUUGCUUCAAAGCUGAGUCAGGUAGCAGGUACUGAGUCUGGUAAUAUCAAAGCUAACUCAGAUAGCUUGCUUCAAAGCUGAGUCGGGUAGCAGGUACUGAGUCUGGUGAUAUCAAAGCUAACUUAGAUAGCUUGCUUCAAAGCUGACUCAGGUAGCAGGUACUGAGUCUGGUAAUAUCAAAGCUAACUUAUAACUUUAUAUAUAUAAAGAGUGCUCGGUAUUCCUCAGUGAUAUACCUAUAUAUAUAUAAAGAGUGCUCGGUAUUCCUCAGUGAUAUACCUAUAUAUGUAUGAAGAGUGCUCGGUAUUCCUCAGUGAUAUACCUAUAGAUAUAUGAAGAGUGCUCGGUAUUCCUCCGUAAUAUACCUAUAUAUAUAUAAAGAGUGCUCGGUAUUCCACAGUGAUAUACCUAUAUAUGUAUGAAGAGUGCUGGGUAU